AUAGAAAGGAAUAGGGGGGCCAUGCUCCUAAAAAUACCAGGUUCCGAUUUGUUUCGUUUUAAACUCCUCAUUGAAAACCCUAACCCUAAUCAAAAGCAACGAUAAACCCUCCUCGUUUGCGGGCUUCUUCUCUCUUUCGAAUCAGUUGCCGAUCCCUCUGAAAUGGCCAAGUCAAAGAACCACACUGCUCAUAACCAGUCCUACAAGGCCCACAAGAACGGAAUCAAGAAACCCAGAAGGCACAGACAUACUUCUACCAGAGGGAUGGAUCCCAAGUUCCUAAGGAACCAGAGGUACGCAAGGAAGCAUAACAAGAAGAACGGUGGAUCAGCCACCGAGGAAGAGUAGACUCUUAGCUAUGCAGUUGUUGCUUUUUAUUUUGUUUUGAUCCACGUCUUACAAGACAAUGCCAUGCUUUACAAUGACGUUGUUUAUCAGAUGAUUAUUUCCAUUUCGAGAUUUAGUAUUUGACUAUUCUAAAAUUAUGGUUGGUGACCUAUGAAUUUGAUAGUUAAUUUCUCUCUCUGGGAUAACUUUAAUUGUUGUUGUUUGCACAAUGUAAGCUGCUUACUUGGUCCCUCAAAAUGUGAGAGGUAGUAUGGAAAUUUUUUUCUCGUUUCUACUGCAAUGGAAAUUUUAUGGGCAUUCAAUGGA